AUGGAGGCAGACACAAUCUCUGGAUUGAUGGGAAACGGAGCUCAAAUCGAUGGAAAGAUUCUGCAGACGUUUCAAAAUAGCUUUGUCCAAGUGCAAAACAUAUUGGAUCACAACAGAUUGCUUAUAAACGAGAUAAACCAAAACCAUGAGUCCAAAAUCCCACACAACCUCGGACGAAACGUUGUUUUGAUCAAAGAAUUGAACAAUAACGUGAGGAAGGUCGCUCAUAUCUAUGUUGAUCUCUCCAACAGCUUCUCCAAGUCCAUGGAAGCUUCUUCGGAGGCAGACUCAGCGGGAAGAGGAGGCCAGAGCCGGAAGAGAAUCAGGCCUGCUCAAAAUUGA